UUUUUAUCAACAUUUUCAUGUCUGCAAGCCUUUUUUCAAACAGCUUGUGUUACUCGUAACUUAUGAAUCAGUGAUAAAGCCACUGCGUGACCAAAAGGACGUUUGACAAUAAAUUCGUAGAUUAAUUAUAAAUGAUGACUGUAUUACAACUAAACAUUUUAACACUGAAUAUAUGGGGUAUCCCGUAUAUCUCAAAGGACCGUGAGGUACGAGUCAAAGCCAUCGGAGACGUUUUAGCGACGGGCGAAUAUGAUUUAGUUUCCUUGCAAGAAGUUUGGUCAGAUGCGGAUUAUCAACACUUGAAAUCACGUCUGGCGAAGGUUUUGCCGCACACGCAUUACUUUUAUAGCGGCGUGAUUGGGUCUGGGUUGUGUGUCUUCUCGAAAUUCCCCAUUGAAAAGGUGUUUUAUCACAGUUGGCGCUUGAACGGGUAUGUCCAUCGGAUACAGCAUGGCGAUUGGUUCGGCGGAAAAGGUGUUGGCUUGGCAAAAAUUAGAAUUAACGAUCAAUAUGUUAAUUUCUAUACGGCUCAUUUACAUGCCGAAUACGAUCGUGCAUGCGACGACUACAUGACUCAUCGUGUCAUCCAAGCAUUCGACACGGCGCAAUUUAUCGAAAGUACCCGCAGUCACGAUUGUGUCUUGCAAAUUCUCGCGGGCGAUUUGAACACUGAACCAAACGACUUGGCUCAACGAAUUAUUUUGACGACAUCUCGCAUGUACGACACAUUCCACUUGACCACAAAUGACCCCGAAUUCGGCACCAAUGAAUGCGAAAAAAACUCUUACACGGACAAAGCAGCUCUCGUAACAUGCCCAAAAGGCAAACGGAUCGACUACAUUUUCGUUCGUCCUGGUCAACAUCAAAAAAUCGAAGUAAACGAUUACAAGUUGCCCCUUCCGAAGCGAGUGCCGGGACACGAUUUCAGCUAUUCCGACCACGAAGCAGUUGCGGUGACACUAAAAUUGGCGUCGACAACGUCGAUUAGCGACGAAAAACGACUUUUGGAGAACGAGCAACAAAUAAUGGAGGAAAAUAAAGUCGCGCUUAGCGAAUGUAUCCGACAUUGCGACGAAAGUUUGAGGGAACUCCAAAAUAACAGGAAAAAUUAUUCGAUGGCAGCGAUUGCGAUGAUCGUGAUUUUGCUCAAUAUGAUUGAAUUGCAGGCGCCAUAUGGAGUAAAAACGGUAUUUUUGGUGGUAAAAAUUCUGCUGACAGCUCUUACGAUGUUCUUCAUCUUCAUGGGAACGAUUUGGAAUGUCAUUGAAAAGCACGGAAUCCUUUCGGGGAAAUUGUCCAUGGAAUUGUUGCUCAAAAGCAUCGAAAAAGUGAAUUCGUAAAAUGUGUCAGAUAUUAAAAAAAGUGGCAUUUAAUGCAUUUUUGACUGUGAAAUAAAAAAAUUAAAUUAAAAAAUAUAUUUUAUCAUUUUAACUCAAAAUGUCUCCUCAAAAAAAAAAAAAAAAAUAAAAAAAUCUAAAAAAAUAACAAAAA